CGCCGCCUGAUCUUGCGCCCCUACAUUGAGAAAACACAACGGAUUUCAUCGUCCGCUACUCAACCUUUGCUGUAUUUAUAAAAUAUCAUCUGCAUACCCUCUUCAACUUUCUCCUUUACCCCACCAUCUCCUCAAGAAGUGGCUUUCUUUUUAUAUAUUCCUUUCAUCUUUUAAACAAUGGCAGUCACGUUCAACGUUCGUGGUGCUCCAAUCGGUUGGUCAGCCAUCGCUGUUGCCUUAUUGGCAAGUAUGGGUGGUUUCUUGUUCGGUUAUGAUACCGGUCAAAUUUCCGGUAUUCAAGAAAUGGCUGAUUUCGUUAGCAGAUUUGGUACUGAACCACCGGAUGGAUCAGUUGCAGGCGCAACAAUGUCUUUCAAUAAAUGGUUGAUCGGUUUGAUCGUUAGUAUGCUUUCAAUUGGUACGGCAUUUGGUGCUCUUGUUGGUGCUCUUUUGGCUGAUAAAUUGGGUCGUAGAUAUGCAAUGUUUGUCGAAGUUAUCGUUUUCGAUAUCGGUGUUAUCAUUCAAGUUACUUCUUUCAAUGCAUGGUAUCAAGUUGGUAUUGGACGUUUAAUCACCGGUUUGGGUGUUGGUGCUCUCAGUGCUGCCGUUCCUCUUUAUCAAUCAGAAACUUUACCUCGUCAAAUUCGUGGUGCUAUGGUUGGUACUUAUCAAUUAUUCAUCACUUUCGGUAUCUUGGUGUCCAACUGCAUCAAUAUCGGUACUCGUGAAUUGGACAACUCCGGCUCAUGGCGUAUUCCUGUCGCUUUGGGUAUUCCAUUUGCUACUAUUCUAGGUAUCGGUAUCUUGUUUGCACCCGAAUCACCUCGUUGGUUGGUUGCACACGGUAAGAAUGACGAAGCAUACCGUAGCGUUGCCAUCGUCCGUGGCGCGAAGCGCGAAGAUUCAAACCCAUGGGUCGAAGCUGAAUAUUCAGAAUUGAUCUCAAAUUACGAACAAGAUAUCAAACUUGGAGCUGGAAGUUGGUUGGAAUGCUUCAAGAAACCAAACCGUGUCUUAUACCGUACCUUGUUGGGUAUCGCCUUACAAGCAGGUCAACAAUUAACCGGUGCAAACUACUUCUUCUACUUUGGAGCGACCAUCUUCUCAGCCGUCAACUUGCAAGAUCCUUUCGUUACCCAGAUCAUCUUAGGCGCGGUUAACUUUGUUUGCACGUUCCUAGGUCUGUAUCUCUUGGAGAGAUUCGGUCGUAGAGUUCCUCUCAUUAUUGGAGCAGCUUGGAUGGUCGUCUGGCUUUUGGUUUUCGGCUUGGCAGGAACGUUGGGAGGCAAUCCGGACGGUACUGUUACUUCGACACCUAUCGGUCAAUUGUUGAUUAUUUCAGCCUGUUUCUUCAUUUUAGGAUAUGCCAGUACUUGGGCUCCAGGUAUUUGGUUGUUCUGUGGUGAAUCUUUCAGCCGUCGUACUCGUGCCAAGCAAGCAAGUAUCGCAACUUUGUCCAAUUGGAUUUGGAACUUCCUCAUCGCCUAUUUCUCUCGACCAAUCGCUGAUUCUAUUCAUUUCGAAUACGGUUUCGUCUUUGCCGGUGCAAAUUUCCUCAAUAUGAUCAUUGCAUACUUUUUCGUCUAUGAAACUGCUGAUCUUACUCUCGAAGGCGUUGAUCAAAUGUACAGUGAUCCUAACGUCAAGGCAUGGAGUAGUGCUAAAUGGGUUCCCGAAGGUUACUCAACCCGUGAUGAUAUCAAGAAAUCAGAGAAAGAUGCCGAUGAUAUUGCACAUAUUCCCGAUAACCGCGAAGACGGUACAUGGAAGGCUAAGCCCGACCCAGUCACGGGCGAAGAACGUGAUAACGUUCGCAAACAUCCCGAAACCAAGAUUGAAACAGCUUAAAAUGUGUGCUCUUUCUCUGUUUUUUUUUCAAUCUUAUGGCCUCUGUAGAAUUAUCAUCUUUGCCAGAUUGCACCUUGCAAUUCACUGAUCCCUAAUCACAAAUCCUAGUAAUACCUUUUAGCCUUUAUUGGCGUACUUAAAAAUGCAUUUGUUCGAACUAUAAAAUA